UACAAAACAAAUUCAAAAUUCUGUCUCUAUAUUCUCUCUCUCUCUGUGAAAUCUCAACAAGUGAUUUUGAUAGAAGCAAUUGGAUAAGAUGGCAUUAAAGAGUAUUCCGAGUACACCGGCUUCAAAAAUAGAAAGAACCCCAAUAUCAACACCUGGAGGGUCUCGAGUACGCGAAGAGAAAAUUGUUGUGACAGUGAGGUUGAGGCCGCUAAAUAAAAGGGAACAAUCGGCUAAAGACAAUGUAUCUUGGGAAUGCAUUGAUGAUCAUUCUAUUGUAUAUAAACCACUUCCAAAUGAACGUGUUAUCCAACCAUCUUCCUUCACAUUUGAUAAAGUUUUUGGCCCUGCAACAAUCACAGAAUCCGUAUAUGAGGAAGGAGUAAAGACUGUAGCUUUGUCUGCUCUAAUGGGCAUUAACGCAACUAUCUUUGCCUAUGGUCAAACAAGUAGUGGAAAAACUUUCACUAUGAGAGGAAUUACAGAAAAAGCUGUUAAUGAUAUUUACCAGCACAUAUUGCAGACUCCAGAAAGAGAAUUUAGAAUAAAAAUAUCAGGCCUGGAAAUCUACAACGAAAACGUAAGGGACUUGCUGAAUUCUGAGUCAGGACGUAAUCUCAAGCUCCGAGACGAUCCAGAGAAAGGAACCGUAGUUGAGAAGUUAGUAGAGGAAACAGCCACCGAUGACCAACAUUUACGAAACUUGAUCAGUAUCUGUGAAGCUCAGAGACAAGUUGGUGAGACUGCACUGAAUGAUACUAGCUCUCGAUCACACCAGAUAAUAAGAUUGACAAUAGAAAGCACACUCCGGGAGACUUCAGACUGCGUGAGGUCCUUUGUUUCAAGCCUGAAUUUUGUGGAUUUAGCUGGAAGUGAAAGAGCUUCACAAACAAAUGCGGAUGGUGCAAGGCUAAGAGAAGGUUGCCAUAUAAACCUUAGCUUGAUGACUCUGACAACUGUGAUUAGGAAGCUGAGUGUUGGAAAGAGAAGUGGUCAUAUACCAUACAGGGACUCCAAACUAACUCGUAUACUACAGCACUCGUUAGGUGGAAAUGCCCGUACUGCCAUUAUAUGCACUUUGAGCCCAGCUUCUAGCCAUGUGGAACAGUCAAGGAAUACUCUUUUCUUUGCUACCCGAGCAAAGGAAGUAACAAAUAAUGCUCAAGUUAACAUGGUUGUUUCGGAUAAACAAUUGGUUAAGCAUUUGCAAAAGGAGGUUUCCAGACUAGAAGCUGAGUUGCGUACUCCUGAUCCAUCAAAUGAAAAAGACUACAAAAUUCGUCAGAUGGAAAUGGAAAUCGAGGAAUUGAGGAGACAAAGAGAUCUUGCACAGUCAGAGGCCGAAGAGCUACGUCGUAAACUCCAAGAAGAACCAAAGGUACUAAUGCCACAAGAAUCUCCAGCAGGUCCAUUGGCUAAGAAAUGCUUAUCAUUUAAUGGAACGUUACCAUCAGUUCUUGAAGGCAAGGAACCAACCCGUUUAGAGAAAACAAGAAAUACAUCAGUUAGACUAAGUAUGAGGCAAUCAUCAACAGCUCCUUUCACAUUAAUGCAUGAAAUCAGGAAACUUGAACACCUACAAGAACAGCUAGGUGAAGAAGCAAACAGGGCCUUAGAAGUACUGCAAAAAGAAGUUGCUUGUCAUAGACAAGGUAAUCAAGAUGCAGCAGAAACCAUUGCUAAGUUACAGGCAGAAAUACGCGAUAUGUGUGCCCUCCGUCCGACACAAAAAGAAGUCAACGUUGACCACAUGGUCCCAGUCAACAAAAGUGUCGGUGCGAAUCUAAAAGAUGAGAUUACCCGACUCCAUUCACAAGGAAGCAACAUUGCGAACCUUGAAGAACAGCUCGAAAAUGUUCAGAAGUCGAUUGACAAACUAAUCAUGUCUCUUCCAAGUAACAAUAACGAUCAACAAGUCAAAAGCCAGUCAAAGAAGAAAAACAAGUCAACGAGUCCUUUGACUUCUAGCAAUACUAUCAAUAAACCUAGCUUCAUAAGGUCUCCAUGCUCGCCACUGUCAUCUACUAGGGAAGUCAUAGAGGGUGAGACUGAAAAUAGAGCUCCUGAAGUAGUGUCUGAGAAAGAGACUCCAAAGGGUGGUGAGGAAGGUGGAGAUGUCUCGUCAAAGGAAAAUACGCCAUAUAGACGUUCAAGUUCGGUUAAUAUGAGGAAAAUGCAGAAGAUGUUUCAAACUGCAGCGGAAGAAAACGUGCGAAGCAUCAGAACGUAUGUUACAGAGCUUAAAGAGCGUGUUGCCAAGCUGCAAUACCAAAAGCAGCUACUUGUUUGCCAGGUACUUGAGCUCGAAGCUAAUGAAGCAGCAGGAUAUGACCUUGAAAAUGAUGAGAAUACAGCAGAUAUACCCGAGGUGUCCCCAGUUCCAUGGCCUAUAAUAUUUAGGGAGCAAAGACAGAAGAUAAUAGAGUUAUGGGACGUUUGCUUCGUCUCAAUUAUCCAUAGAACCCAAUUCUAUAUGCUGUUUAAAGGAGACCCUGCAGAUGAAAUAUACAUGGAAGUCGAGCUUAGGCGGCUUAAUUGGCUACAAGAGCAUUUGGCUGAACAUGGAAAUGCAACCCCAGCCCGUGGUGCAGAAGAACCCACAAUCUCCAUAUCAUCAAGCCUUAGAUCACUGAAGCGUGAGAGAGAGUUCCUGGCGAAGAGGCUAACAACACGUUUGACAACGGAAGAAAGAGAGCUUUUGUACAUGAAAUGGGACGUCCCCCUUGAGGGAAAGCAACGUAGGAUUCAAUUCAUAAGCAAACUAUGGACGAAUCCCCACGAUAUGUCACAUGUGCAAGAAAGUGCAGAGAUCGUUGCGAAGCUUGUUGGUUUCCGUGAAGGUGGAAACUUGUCGAAAGAGAUGUUUGAGCUUAAUUUUGUGCUUCCAUCCGAUAAUAGACCAUGGAUCAUGGGAUGGAACCCAAUCUCAAACCUUCUCAAUAUGUGAGAGAUACAGCAGCAUUUUUUAUUUUUAUUUUUUGCAAGAAUGGCAUUCAUUCUUUUAGCGUUUUCAUUAUGAAUGUAUAUGAUGAAUCUUGGACCAGGUCAAGUGUUUUCGUUCUUCCAAUAUAUAAAGAAGGCAUUUCUUUCAA